AUGUGCCAGAUUAUGUUCACAGGACACAAGCUGUACCUUACAGUAGAAAACGACUUGAGUCAGCUGAAGCUGAACGCUGCCAGUGAACUUUGGCCAGUGCCAGAGGUUCCCUCUCCCCCUGUCAGGACCGGGCGUCCCUCCCUUCUGCGUUACGUUAACACAGGGGAAAGGCUUGGAGCUGAUCCUGGCCGGCCACCAUGUCGGAAGGCCAAAGACUUAAGAAAGGAACGACGUCUUCAGAAAGAGCAAGUUAGACAACACACUGAUGGGGUCUCUUCCAUCGUCUCUCCUACCCCACCCGCUCCCACUCAGACCAGCCAACCAAAGCCCCUGGAAGAUUUCAUCAAUGAGUCACUGCCUGAAAACUCUUCUCAUUGCCUUGAGGUGAGGCUAGUGCGCUCCAAUCCCCCUAGCCCGCAGUUCAAAGCCUCUUUCGACGCCUCCUACCAGGUGUACAAACUCUACCAGAUGGCCAUUCACAAGGACCCUCCUGACAAACCCUCCGAGAGCCAGGUGGGGCUAGUGCCAGUCAACUUUGAGGACCCUCAAUUCACAGCGUCCUAUGAGCAGUCGGUGGCGCUGUACGCCCGCUACCAGAUGGCCAUUCACGGUGAUGACCCCAGCGAAUGUAGUGAGAGCGAGUUCCGGAGAUUUCUCUGUGAUUCACCACUAGAGGCGGAGCAUUCUCCAGAUGGGCCUGAGGUGGGCUACGGCUCCUUCCACCAGCAGUACUGGCUGGACGGACGCAUCGUGGCAGUGGGCGUGAUCGAUAUCCUUCCUACUUGUGUGUCGUCUGUGUACCUGUACUACCACCCAGAGUUUGCCUCACUGUCUCUGGGCUCCUACUCUGCUCUCAGGGAGAUCGCUUUCACCAGGCAGCUGCAGAAACAGUCCCCCAAGCUGUCCUACUACUACCUGGGCUUUUACAUUCACUCCUGUCCCAAGAUGCGGUACAAGGGGCAGUACCGGCCUUCAGACCUCCUGUGCCCAGAAACCUAUGCCUGGGUACCAAUAGAUCAAUGCCUACCCCACCUGGAGAACUCCCGCUAUGCUCGUUUCAACCAGGAUCCUGAUGCAGGAGAUGCCCGGGUGCUGAAGGAUGUGGGCAGAGCUCUGGUGCUAUACAGACGGGCCGUCAUGCCGUACGCGGUCUACUCCCGCAAACGCAAAGGCUCCAGCGACGAGACGGAGGUGCAGCAGUACGCCGGCUUGGUUGGCCAGGACUGCGCUGAAAGGAUCUUGCUUUACCGCGCCUGAACACACAGCGUCACACCACUGCACCUUUUUAAUGUACACGUAAAUACACCUCCCAGCAAUGUCUGUCUCUUUCUGUUCAUGUCUGUCUGUGUGUCUCCUCUCUGUCUGUGGAAGUGCUCUCUGCUCCCUGUAGUCUCACCACGCUUCGGCUGGAACAAUGCAGUGGCCACUCACUAUUUAUGUACAGUAUGUAUCCAUUCACUCACUGGCCUCAUUCAGCAAGUAUGUCUCUAUCACAUUUAUUUUAAAAAGUUUAAUUUUAUUCAUCAGCAUCCAUUUUCAGUUUUGUUCUUCUGCGUCCUUUAGUUUGAUUUGCCUCCCUGCAGGGAUACUUUGCUAUCAUGUAUUCAUCACUUUAACUUCUCCAGCCUGUACGCUUCAGAAAUAAAGUUCGUGAUGAUGAUCAUAUUAGAUGCAGGUGACUGCUCGACUCUGACUCAUGCUUAGAUGUAUGUCAACACUAGAAGAGCAUGUUCUCCUUUGAAUGUUCGCUGAUUUUGAAGGUGGUUGUCAGCUGCUUGCAUUAUAUCCCCAAACUUCUUUUCACCACAACUUUAAAGUUUUUUAUCACUGGGUUUAUUUGAAGCAAAGAACUCUCUGUUUUCAGUGUUUUUGUCUGUAAUAUUUAUAGCUUUAUUUGUUUUUCUUUUAAUAUUGAGUCUGUUAUUUUUGGUUAAACCAAAUAAAGGGGUUGUAUAUUCACUGCUUGGAA